AAAUGCAGAAGAUAAAAUGGAAAACAAAGCAUUUCCUGUUUCCGUUGUUUCCGUUUCAAAGAAGAUAAACAAUCCAAGAAGAAGAAGAAGAAGAAGAAGAAGAAGAAGGAGAAGAAGAAGAAGAGGAUGGUCCUUCUGUUUGUCUGUCGAAGUCUCAAUAUCGAUAAUUAGCGAAUGUUGCUGACGAACCUUAACCUCUGCUUCUUUCCCUCCAAUUCCUCACUUCGCUCUUCUCCCAAGCUUUCCUUGUCUCACAGGGUCCGUUGCCGCGCCGCAGACCCUCCUGUAAGUCCCACCUCUUCUCGCUGGUUCCAAGUCCCGGGAGUGAUCGAUACAUCUAAUGGCGUCGGACUCCGUCUCGGUCAAGACUCGGACACAAGUGGCAUGGAUGGGUUGAGGCGGAGCCCCCCUGCAAACACUACUAGGGUCACUGCCAGAGAGAAGAGAUGGUCACGCGACAGGGAGAGCUACCUGGCAGAUGAUGACGAUGCCCUUCCCCUUCCCAUGACUUAUCCAGAUUCUUCUCCGGCUCCCCCGGAGGAGAUAGAUCGUCGCCUCCAGUGCGACCCCCAAGUUCAGGACUGUAAAGAAGUCGUUUAUGAGUGGACUGGAAAAUGUAGAAGUUGCCAAGGUACCGGUUUUGUCAGUUAUUAUAGCAAAAGAGGAAAGGAGAUUAUCUGCAAAUGCAUCCCUUGCCUUGGAAUUGGAUAUGUGCAGAAAAUUACAGCCCGCAAAGACAUUGAGGUUAUGGAGGACUUAGACAAUGGGAAACCUCCCUGACAAAGAUAUACACAAGUAUAUCUGUUAAAAUCUCGAUUUUCCUUAAAAUUUUAAGUUCAUUUUUUUUAUGAGCUCCCUCGUCUGCCACGAUUUUGUAAUGCAAUUUUUGUUAUUAUUCUUUUCCUCCUAUUCCAUCCGUUUAUGAUCUCUCAUUA